CGCGCGCUCUGUGCGCAGCACCUGUUUUAAUCCCGCAAGACUGGAAAUCCGAAGCACAGCACACAGAGAGUCGGCCGCGCACAGGUUACAGAUAUACACACACCUCAUCCCACAUUUAUAGGAUAUACUGAAGUCAGGGAGUCGACGAAGUGGGAGAGCAGGAACACGAGUCAGGUUAUUCUUGUGCCUGCACCCAGCCGGAGAUGCCAGGACUUUACAGCCUUUUCGGCAUCAUGUAGGACAGGAUGAAGCCCUGCACACCCGUGUUGAUUAGGAGGAGUGAAGUGGACGGAGUGACAGAUGCUUCCUUGACCAACUCUUCAAAUGUUGAUGACCGAAGGAUGGAGAAACAGACCUUGGUGACAGCUAUCAGUUUGUCCAUGAGCCUGGCGUCACUGGUGCUUCUCAUCACCGCUAUCAUGACUGACCACUGGUACGAGACGGACACCACACGGCACAGGCAGAACUGCGACCAGUUCGGUCCGGACGCCAACGAACACAAGAACCGGUUGAUGCCCAUCUAUCACCUGCCCCUGAUGGACAGCAGCAAUCCUCGGAGGAACCAGGCGCUGCUCCGGGCGAUCCACGUCGGGAGUAGAGAGGAGCUCCUGGAAAAUUGGAGGUCCAUUUUGGGAAUGGGAAUUUUAGAAACGGAAUGCGGGCGCCCCAUUUUCUCCACUUACUCUGGACUUUGGAGGAAAUGUUAUUAUCUAGGAAAGGACAAGGACAUCGACAACCUCAUAUCCAAGGGUAUAGCCCAGCGAUGCACCAUCAUCAAGUACCAUUUCUCCCAGCCCAUACGGCUCCGCAACAUCCCUCUCAACCUGACCCGCACCAUCCAGCAGGACGAGUGGCACCUCUUACACCUGCGGCGGAUCACAGCAGGGUUUCUAGGCAUGGCGGCAGCCGUUCUGUUGUGUGGCUGCAUCGUGGCGUCUGUCAGCUUCGCCUGGGAGAAGUCUCUCACUCAGCACGUCUCUGGGUUGCUCUUUCUCAUGGCAGGGAUCUUCAGCACCAUCUCCCUGUGUACCUACGCGGCCAACGUGUCCUACGACCUGGCCAGGGUCCCUCCCUUCAUCUACGGGCUGCCUGCUGACGUGGAGCAUGGCUACAGCUGGUCCAGCUUCUGUGCCUGGCUCAGUCUGGGGCUGACGGUGACAUCUGGAUGCCUGUGCACCACCUUCCCCAUCCUCAGCUGUAGCAGCAGCAAGGGUGCCCCCAACGCGGGUGUCUGAUACACACCUUGCUGCGUUUGAUAUACACUUUGCUGUGUGUUACACACACACUGAGCUACAGCAAGGGCUUGUAGGAAGAAAGAGUCUAAUAUGUCUGUGUCCGACACACCCCUUUACUGUGUCGGACACACCUCUUACUGCAUCUUUCACAUCAACAGCCUGCUGACCAAGCCCAUCCCCAGACAUCUGUCUGACACUGCUGCAGCCGGCACCUGGGACUAACAUUGACUCCUAUGUUUUCAGGGUGAAAACCCUUCUGAGUGCUUCUACUAGACCCUGCAUCUAAAUCUAGGUUACCUCCAUGGAGCAAAACAUCCUGGAAUUGUGGAAGUAUUGAACCAUCAAUGUUGGCUUCACCCCUGCAUUCAGGCUUUGUCUGGGGCCUUCAUGCAAUUAUGUCUGUGAUUCAGCCUACUGCUACAUUUCCAUAUUUCCUAUGUGUGAUCAGAAUUCAGUGUCAUGCAAAUAACUGUCAAAUCACUGGUGGGAAAACAGAGGCCUUGACGUGUCAUCAAAAAUGAUAGAAAGUUAUUUGAAAGGAAGACAACUAUAGAAAAGAAGAUUGAAUUUCUAGAAAGAUGUGGCUCAAACUGACUAGAUGUGGCUCAACCCCCCCC